AUGGCCGUCAGCAAAGAAAACUGUACUCCAGAGGUGGUAGGAUACUGGAACAUAAGAGAUGAGUUGUCAGUGGCUGGAGACGUAGUUUUGAGGGGUAGUAAAUUGGUAAUACACAAGGCCAUGCGAAAAAGCACUCUGGAGAAGAUACAUGAGGGACACCUGGGGAUCGAAAAGUGCCGGAGUCGAGCGCGAGAAGCAAUAUACUGGCCAGAAGUAAACAGAGACGUCGAAAGAGUAGUAAAGAAUUGCAGCUCAUGUCUCAAAUACAGUUAUAAGACACCAGUGCUUACUUUGAACAAGACAAACAGCUCAGCAGUAAUAGAAGCAACGAAAUCGGUGUUUGCAAGACAUGGCGCUCCGGAUGUAUUAAUUACAGAUAUAAUUACAGAUAAUGGUCCACAAUAUGCGUCGAACGAGUUUCAAGUGUUCACAGAAGAAUGGAGAUUCCAGCAUAAGACGUCCAGUCCUCACUAUCCAAGAUUCAAUGGCCUGGCAGAAGCUGCGGUUAAGAGACUCCUCAAAACUAAGGAUGGGCCAUUGGUGGUGGAGAUCAAGAAAGAGCAGCGACUAAAGCAGACGUCCACAUAUGACAAGGACAAGCGGGACCUGACUGCAAUCAAUCAAGGUUCUCAAGUUCGGAUGUACUACCAUGAAAAAAAGCUUUUGGAGGUUCCAGCUAAAGUAGUUCAAGAGAUUUCCCCUCGCUCAUAUGUAGUUCAGACAGGGGAAGGUGUGAAGUACAGAAGAAACAGGCUCGACCUGAAGCCUGCACCCACAGAUCAAUUUGUGGAACUGGAGGAACCCGAGGACGAUUCACCACAGGACUUGGAGGGCGAAGUAGUCUCCUCGGAAGAGCAAGUGAAGCUGCCAAAUGAUGGUGAUGUAUCUUCCAGCAAAACUGUGCCACGAAGAUCUAACAGAGUGAUCAACAAGCCAAAGCGGCUUAUUGAGGAAUGCUGA